AUGCGCACUAAUCCUCGAUCGAGCUUCUUUGCUGCUGUGGCCGCUUCUCUUGCUCGUCAUGGCCAGGCCGUCGAUGUUGAUCUGGGAUGGUACCCGCCGAAUGCGACGGCGAUCAAUAAUUUGACGCAGGUGGUGAAUGGAGAGGGCGUGUAUGGGUUUAUUUAUAAUAAUUCGAAUACGCCGGCGGACGAGUAUGGGAUUUAUAAUUGGUGUAAUAUGCCGCAUGUGAGAAAGACGGAGUAUGUGAAGCCCGCGGAGGAAUACACGCUUCAGUAUGUCGAGGUGAUCCACAGACACCAUAAGCGGACGGUCUAUGCCUCGAACUCUUUCCCAGUCGAAUCAUAUGGUUGGAAUUGUGAUGACGAGGGAUUGUUCUAUUAUGGACAACCCAAGACCGGGAAUGUGUCUGCAGCUUCAUACUGGCAGGGCUACAUCUCGCCGCAGAAUCCUUUCAUUCCAUCUGGUUUCUUGGGAACUUGCCAAUUCCCCCAGAUAACUGCUGGUGGUUUGGAUGAUUCGUGGCAGCAUGGACAAGAUCUUUAUGGUGUCUACCAUGAUCUUUUGGGGUUCUUGCCAAGUGACAUGGGGGACAAGGUUACAUUCAGAGUUACUCAAAAUGUUAUCACUAGUGAGGUUGCUGGUAUGGUCAUCAAUGGAAUGUUUGACACUGUAGCUGAUGUGCCAUUAUUGAUUGAGGCGAGUGGUGUCGACUCUUUGGAGCCUACUUACACCUGCACAACUUCCUCGAACUUGUUCAGUGCCAUUGAAUCUGGUAGUAAUUGGACUGCCCAUCUUACAGCUGCGUCUUCACUUUAUGCUACUCUGGAUAACAUCUCUGGAGUGUCUCCAACGGAUUCCGGCUUUCACGCCAGUUUCGAUCAUUAUUAUGACAAUCUUUCCGCAAGGCAAUGCCAUGCCAAGCCAUUGCCCUGCAAGCUUGUCAAUGGAGUCAACUCCACUACAUGCGUCACUCAGGAUAUCGCAGACGAAGUUUACAGAUUUGGAAAUUAUGAGUAUUCUUUCAUUUACCGUGAUGACUACAGGAGUCUGGCGGCGAGCUACACUAGCUAUGGCAUCUGGAUUGGAGAGCUCACUACUCACCUGCGGGCCUCCAUUGCCGGUAACAGCAGCGUGAUUUACAGACAUAACGUCGCUCACGAUGGAUCCAUGUCUCGACUUCUUUCCGUACUUCAAGUCGAUGUCAUGAUCUGGCCAGGUAUGGGAUCAGAGGUCGUCUUCGAACUCUACAAGAAGGGAACAUCUACCACUUCUGCACCUAGCGCUACACCAACAGCAUGCAACCACGAUAACUGUCUCAGACAGUUCAUCGCAUCUUCUGCGUCUGCAUCGGCUUUCUGCCCUACCUUCACCGCAACAGCAGGCGCAACUCUCCCCACCUUUGCCUCUAACUGCGAUGGCGACGUAUCAAGAGUUUUGUCCGCUUGCUCCUGUGUGGUGACUCCAACAGCGACAUCUGCACCCACCUCAACUGCUACCGCAAGUACAAGCGGCUAUUAUAUCCGUGUUCUAUGGGGAGGAAAGGUUCUUCGAAGCUCGAAUCCAAGUCUGGGCUUGAUGGACAUGGUACCAGUUGAAACACUGUUGACAUAUUUCGAUGGGUUGGCAGGUGUGGGUGCCAGUCUCGUUUAUGGGAAGUGUAAUGGUUCGAUUGCUGUUUAG